AUGGUUGAUGAGGUGAAGAUCAUAGAACAAUGCCAAGUGAGUCCUCCACAAGGUUCACUUCCAUCUUCAAUCAAUCUUCCAUUAAGUCACCUUGAUCUUGGUUGGUUUUACUGCCCCCUCAAACAAAUUUACUGUUACAACUUUCCUCAUUCCACACAACACUUCCUUCAAACUUCACUCCCAAUUCUUAAAAGCUCUCUUUCCCUCACUCUUCAACAUUUCUUCCCUUAUUGUUCCAAAUCCAUUUUACCUCCUAAGCCUCAUACCCCUCACAUACUCUACACUCAAGACCCUUUUCUUCCCUUGACUCCUCCACCAACUAUUUUACAAGAUGGCACAUUGGUUUUUCCAGUCAUGGCCAUUCAAAUCACUAUUUUUCCAAACUUUGGAUUCACUAUUUGUCUCAAUACUAGACAUGAAGUUGGUGAUGGUAAAUCAUUUCAUCAUUUCCUUAGUUUUUGGUCCUCACUUUCAAAAGGAAACUUACAAAUUUCCUUUCUUCCAUUACCAUUUCACAAAAGAGAAAUAAUUCAAGACCCAAAAGGUCUUAAACAAAUUUGCUUAGAAAAACUUUGGAAUCCUCCACCUAAAACAACACAAUCUAAUAACUCCACCAAUCAUCUUAUUUCUUCAAGAAACAAUUUGGUUCGUUAUGGAUUAAAUUUAACACGUCACCACCUUGAUAAUUUGAAGAAAUGGAUGGAUAUAAAAGGCCAAACUAUUGGUCUUGACAUGUUGCAUUUGUCAACCUUUGUUGCUACAUGUUCUUUGUUAUGGGUUUGUAUGGUGAAACUUAAAUCACAAGAGAAAAAAAACAUCACUGAUGAUUCUAUUGAAGACGAGGUAACAAAUAAUUGUCCUCCCGAGAAUGAUAUGGAGGAUAACUAUGGUUUUGGAUUUCUAAUGGAUAUGCGUGGCCGUUUUGAACUUUCAAUUCCUUCCACAUAUUUUGGAAAUUGUUUGAUGCUAUGUGAUGCAACACUACCAAAGAGAAAGUUAGUGGGAGAGAAUGGUAUAUGUGAAGCAGCAAAUGUUAUUGGAAGAGAAAUUAGUUUGAGUGACCCUUUAAACGAAGUAAAUAAGAUUGAGAUAAAGCCAGAGAAUUUGAUUCGUGUUGUGGAUUUAUCCAAGUUUUAUGUGCAUGAAAAUGACUUUGGAUGGGGGAAUCCUGUUUUAAGGGAUGUGCUCAAUAUGAAUAAUUCAAGUGAUUUUCUUAUUAUGGAUUCUAAGGAUGGAGAUGGAGGCAUUGAUGUUGGGAUGAUACUAGAAAAAACUCAAGUGAAGAAAUUUAAUAGCAUCUUUGAACUACAACUUAAGGAUGUUGGGGUUCUCGAAUGA